AUGGCUGAUACCACGCCCAACGGUGGCUCUCUCUUGGAGACGACCAAGAACAAUGCCGCUGCUGCUUAUGAUUCCCUCGCCAAUGGACCGGUUGCUCAGCAUGUUCGAGACGAGCAGGCCAAGACUCAGACUGAGUUUUCAAACCUCGCCGCUGCUCGCAAAACACCGUCAAAUCCCGCUGCUACCGGGCAGCCGUUGACUCACUAUCACUCUUUCUUCUCGGAACUCUUGUCAUGGAAGAACCCUCGCGUCUCCGCCAUCGCAUACGCUUCGAUUGUCUCAUUCACCUUCGCCGUUAGAUACCUCGAUUUGAUUCGCUGGGCUUUCAAGCUAUCCUCCGUGGUCCUUGCCGUCACUGUGGCCGCCGAGUUUGCCGGCAAGGCCGUCCUGGGCCACGGCUUGGCCACGCAAAUGCGUCCCCGACGAUACUACACUAUUUCGGAAGCCACCCUCAAGAACAUGAUUGGUGACGUUCACGAACUCAUCAACUUCUUCGUCAUUGAAGCCCAACGAAUCUUGUUCGUCGAGAACGUUGGCGCUUCAGCCCUUGCCUGCAUUGCCGCCUUUAUCUCGUAUCACCUUGUUAAGCUGGUGCCGUUCUGGGGACUUUCCAUCAUCGCCACCACUGUUGCCUUCUUCGUUCCUCUGAUCUAUAAAUCCAACAAGGAAUUGAUUGACCACCACAUCAAGAAUGCCUCAGACGCCAUCAACGCCCAGACUACCCAAGUUCGAAUUGUCGCGCAGAAACAGGCAGAUCAGCUCACGGCCAUGGGUAAACAGUAUGCGGGUGACUACACCGGUAAAGUCCAGGAGAUGCUUCGCGGCCGAAGUUCCCCUGCCCCCGGCCCGAAGCCCAAGCAACCUACUCCCGCGGCUCCGGUCAAGGAACCCGAGUUUCCCGCUCCCCCCACCGAGGAGCCAAAAGCGAAGCAGGUUGCUGAGCCCGAAGGUGUAGUCCCUGCGGAGCCCGUCGUUCCCGAGGCCGCACCUAUGAUUGCUUCCUAG